UGCCCUCAGUCUCUCAAAAGGCAAAUCCGACCCUCGCUCUCCAUAACACUAUAAACCCAUCCUAAGAGCUAGCAAUAGCAAUUUCAACACAAGGUUUAUCACCACAGUCUACUCCAGUGAUCAUGAGCAAUCCAAGUACCCAAUUCCAAGGAGAAGAGCAAAAGGCUAAGAACACUAGCAGCUUGCUUCUUUUGGUGAUCAACUAUUCAUUUCUCUUUGUGGGUUCAAUCUCUUCUAGCUUGCUAUCCAAAUUCUACUUUAACCACAGAGGUUCGAGUAGAUGGGUAUCUACAUGGGUUCAGUCAGCUGGUUUUCCUCUUCUUUUCUUCCCCAUUUUCCUCCCUUACUAUCUCUUCAAAUGCACUGAGAGGAGACCCUUUGAUCGCUUCACUCCUAGAAUGCUAAUCUUAUCAAUCUUGAUUGGCUUCAUGUUAGGCCUAAACAACCUUCUCUUCUCAUGGGGCAAUUCUUAUCUUCCUGUAUCAACUUCAUCUCUCCUACUGUCAUCUCAGCUUGUUUUCAAUCUCAUUCUUUCUGUCAUCAUUGUCAAACAAAAGAUCACUUUCCAAAAUCUUAAUUGUGUAAUUCUUUUAACUCUAAGCUCAGUCCUUCUAGCAUUUGGUUCGCGUCAUGACAGACCUCAAGGCUUAACUCCUGAUAAAUACUUUAUAGGGUUCUUUUCGACUGUAGGAGCCGGGUUGCUAUUUGCCCUAUAUCUACCAGUCAUGGAGAAGAUAUACAAGAACGUUUGCUGUUAUGAAAUGGUGAUAGAAAUGCAGAUGGUGAUGGAAAUUGCGGCCACCGCAUUAGCCACCAUCGGGAUGGCAUCGGACGGUGGAUUUUCAGAGAUGAAGAGGGAGAGCCAAGUUGUGUUUGACAGAGGAGAAAAGUGGUAUUGGAUUACAGUGUUUGGAAAUAUAAUCACAUGGCAACUGUGCUUCAUGGGGACUGCAGGGAUGGUUUUCUUGACAUCAUCACUAACAGGAGGGAUAUGCAUGACUGCCCUUUUGGCCAUGAACGUGUUAGGAGGUGUUUUGGUGUAUGGAGAAGAGUUUGGUGGGGUGAAAGUGGUGUCCACUUUGCUCUGUGGCUGGGGUUUUUGUUCUUAUGUGUAUGGUAUGCAUCUUAAAAUGAAAGAUGAUCAAAAAGAGAAAGAGAAGGAAAAGGAGAAGACAAAGGAGAAUAAAAAUCUUGGGAUGGAGAUGGUUCAUGUAGCAUCUGCAAAUAUGGUUUGAUGGUUAUCAUUAAUGCUUUCUUCUUUUCUUUUUUCUUUUUUUUGUUCUUUUAGAAAAUGGGUGCUCUUAUUAUCAUCAAAAUUAGAUACUAUAGUGACAUUUAGAAGGGUUGAGGUUGAUAUCAUCUCCAAUAUGCAAAAUCAACACCAUUUCCAUUAUCAUGUAAAAUUAAUUCUCUAUCAUUAGAAGUCUA